AUUUUAUUUCCCUUAGAAUAAGCUCUAACCAACCAGGAGGAGUAUCUCAGAAAUGCAUUGGAAGACUAUGAAGAGCCUCCCCAAUGCUCAGAGGCAUGCAUUUCAAUCUAAACCAAUCUGAUGCAGAUUUGCAAUCUGCAUUGGCUCCUCUCUUGAGUUUGUGUUGCUGUUCCCUCAUUUUUUUGCAAGUAGCAAGAAGCAUGAUUCUUUCUCUGCAGCCAGCCUUUGAAAGUGACAGCAAAAUUUCUGUUUUGAAAAAGCAUGAAAGCAUUUUGGCGAGAAGUAGAUGACCACCACCCUUUAAUACCAGGAUACACAGGCUACAUCCCUCUUAGAUUCUACCAAAUUGGCACUAGUUUUGGAAAUGAUUCUGUGUGGUGUGUGAAUGCAUUUCGUGAUGCUACUAAGAGAAAGAGUGACCAGACGGAUGAAAUGAGGAUCACGGCAGCUACAGCACCGCAGCUACCACCUCUUUGCUCGAAUGAAGAUAUAAUAAACGUACUUGAUGAUUAUAAUUGCAAACGUCAUCCCUAUGUGCUGGGGCCUGUGGAAACAAAAAGAAGUCUACUUGAGCCACCCAUGCCAGGCUGGACUGGUUUUGUGCCAAGGUCUAGGGUCACAGAGUUUGGUCAUGGAGUUCGUUACCAUGUGAUGGCAGAGAAUUGCUAUCAAGAUUUUAAGCACUCCUUGGAUAGAGUCAAGCAUGAACCUGAUAGUGAGGAAUCCAAGGAAGAAGUGCAGGGAAUCAAACCCAAAGAAUUACGCCCACACCAGAGAUUCUACAGGCCUGAAGGGAUGUUGCCCAAAUAUACUGGCCAUAUUCCACAUGAACGUUCUGGCAUUGGAAAGACCUUUGGUAAUGUGUGUAGAAGCUGUUCUGUAUGCAACCACCCUGACGUGAACUAUGGGGCUUACCUUUCUAAGAAGCGCAAGGCUGAAAAGGUUCAUGAGCAGAUCAAGGAAGAAAAUAUUCCCUUAAUUACAUAA